AGGUCUCAUCAGAUAUUCCGGUCGGGCAUUUUUAUUCUGGUUGUGGUUGUCGAGUCGUAGUGAUGCAUUCAUUGCAAUCGCAAUGUGGACCUAUGUUUUCUAUUUUGUGGCUUCCAUCUUCGUACUUUUCUCUCUUUACGUUUUGCGGCUAGUGAUCAAGGGUUUUAGUCUUAUCGAAGAACACUUGCGCGACCCAAAGAAUUCAAGGUUUACAAGGCACCACGAGGGAAACCAUACGCCACGCAGUUGGGUGUGUCUGCAUGACCCGGAGUAUGGUCCCUCCAACGUAGAUGCACUAGAAAAGUAUUUUCCCACUCUGACCGACUGGGCAGAAAAGAGAGCGAGAAAGCACAGAAACGAUUAUCAUAAAAGGAAGAACAACUACUCCACAAUGCCGGACGCUCACGAGAAAAAUCGCCCCGGACAAGCGACGAUUCUCACCGAUGAAGAAGGGAUCGAGGAUCUCAUGCGUGGCGACUUUUCGAAGUAUCUGCCGAAGACGCAGGCACUGAUUGACCAAGUCCGGAAGGAACAUGGGGGGAAUGUACCGGGAACGGAAAUUACGAGGCAAGCCCAGCAAGCGCCGGAAAAAAGUUGCAGCAAUUCCUUUGCAAAAAACCUUUUUGCGGGGAUGGCAACAGCUAGCAAACUCACAAAAGAUACCUACGUGGAGAUUCACAAUCUGACGGGCAGGCCGGAGCUGAAUGGGCUGGUAGGCCAAAUUCGCGGGUACGUCAAGGAGAAGGAUCGAUACGCGGUGGAAAUCGAUCCCACCAGCAGUGCCAACGGUGCCGUGCUCAUGCAGCGCCGUGUGGCGCAGACGUACGCGAUCGGAGCCGCGCUUGACGCUGGCACGUUGAAAACCCCUGCGGAUGUCGCUCCGCUGGAUGCUCCACCAAUCUCUUUUUCUUCGACUUCCCGCUUUUCGCUGCAACGCAAGAACCUGGCUGAGAUUGACAUACCGUUGGAGAAAUGGACGAAAAAGGCUACGCGGAAGUGGAAAAAACAGGUGAUGAAAAAUUCGACCAGUAGAAAAAUGCAGGGCAAAACGUACGACAAGCGCUUCUACUCCAAUUAUCUCGACCCGGAUGAUGAUGAAAGUCAAAGUUCCGACCAAGAGGAUGAGACCAGUGAAAGUGGCGACGCUUCCGACGGUUCGCUGGCGGAGGCGAAAGUGCGGGACUACCCCGCAGCGCGCCGCAGAAACGGAUUUUACAACACGUGCGAGGGCGAGCCGGGCGUGCUAAAAACGAACCCUGCGUACAAGUACCCGAAGACCGGAACGCGGCCGGUGUUGGUGCUCGCCGGCUUCGGGCAGUGCGAUGACGUGGACGGGAGCAACUUCAUGGUGAACGUGAUUCUGAGCCAAUUCGAGGAAAAGUGGAAAGAGUGGGGGUGCCGGUUCCUGUCCUUCAAACAUGGGAAAAGCGGAAAAGCGGCGAGGAAAAUCGUCGACGCAAUCGAGUCUGGGGAGUACAAAAGCAUCGUCAUCGGCGAUUUGUCCAGCUAUUACGAUGAUGUGUUUGACAAGUUCAACGAGUGUCUGGGGCCUUCCCUGCGGACCUUCGUGCUGGAGUUUGGUGGCAGCGUCGCAUUUGUGUCGCACACGGGCGACUCCAUGUUGCGCGACGUUCUGCUGGAAAUUUACCCGGAAAUUGGGUGGAGAAAGAGCUGUUAUUACCGUGCGACGCACUGCGCGGUGCAGCGGAAUCGCGAGAAUGUCAAGCGACUGUUCCCCGGGGCGGAGGACGACAAGUUCUCGGUCAAGGGCAACAUGCUCGGCAACGUGCCGGACAACGAAAUCUACUUUGCGACGAGUCAGGACUUGAAAUUGUUUCGAGGUGAUGACUACGACGCGAGUAAGGAUAAGGAUGCGAAUCGGCAGCACGCUAUCGUGGCGGUCAAGCAAUUCCCGGUUGUCGCGGGAAACAAUAAGACCGCAUGCGGGGGUAAGGUCGCGUACUUUGGAGACAUCAACGGGGAAGCGGACCAGGGCGACCUAGUGGUCAGGUUUUUGGACACGCAAGCAAUUGCGACUGUCUGAGGUGGUGGAGAUGUGUGAGAAGGCGGACCAGAUAUGAUAUGAAACAGGGUCCCGCAUCAUGUCUAUGAUUACGGGGACGACGAUGUAGUUCGAAGAUGAAAAAGCCGUUGAAUCUGUUUCAAGUCCUAGGUCUUCACCACCAUAAAUAUGGCUCCUCAUCGCAUGUGCCUGCCCUCGUCUGUGCGUAGCGGCAAAGCAAUCUACUACGACUAUGUUCAUGUUUUCAUUGUUUUGCGUUUUCCGCAAAAACCUAAAGAAUUGCACUAGACACAGGCCUGCGCUCAUCUAUAAUCAGGAUCAGC